AUGGGCCCUACCCCGCUAGAGCACUCUAGCAACAUCACCGCCGCGAGCAUCAGCAGUGGUACCGGCCCUGGCACCUGCGUCAGCCCGCAGCCACAGUCGAUCGACACAAACAAUCCAGUCGUCCGUUCUCCAGCGGGUAUCCAUACUUCCGACUCGCCCUCGUCACCUGUCCAGUCGUCGUCGCCAACUGGCUGCAGCGAACUCAUGGAAGAACUAAACUCAGAGUCCACGCGCAAACGUCCCCGGCUUGAUAGCGGCAGCGGUGCCAAUUGCACGCAUGACUCUGCCUCAAUGUCUACACCUACGACUCCGGCAGAGACCAGUGAAGACACACAGGAUAGCCAGCAGAACCUGCAAACUCCCCAGGAUCAAGUUGACAAUACUCCAGGUACUAUAAAAGAAGGUGCGGUGGGAACUCCGGAUGGACGUAGCGUGCAUGGUGGACCUCCAACAGCUGGCGAGGAUCAAGACGGAAUGCCGAUCACUCCUGUACCCGCAGCUAACACCCAGAAAUCAAUGAAUGGCAGUCCUGUCGUCCCUCCUCGUCCAUCAAGUCGAGUUACCAUUAAUAUGAAGUCUCCAACUUCGGAAACAGCACAAUCUCAAGCCACACCCGAAGACAGGGAAGCCACAGCCUCAUCAACGGAAAAGCAAGAUCCCGCAAUAGAGAGCGGCAAUAAUGUCUCGAAACCUGAGCUUGAUCCUAUUUCGCAGUUGGACGGCGAGUCGGUUGUAUUCCAAACCAACCCUAACCCAACGGUGAACCAUGAUAUCCACUCUAGUAUACCCAUGGAACGGACUACCAUCGUCAUUCCCGAUUCGCCUUCUUCUGCUGCAAGCGUCGAGAUCGAGGUUGCAGACCCGGAAGACAUGGACCAGGAUCCAGCUACUACGAGUUGGAGGCCAUUAGAUGAUGCCAUACGGGCUCCAAGGGAACCUGAAGUCGUUCAGAUUCAUGAAGAAACCUCCCUUGCAGAAGCAUUCCCAAAUUUCAGAGCAGCAUAUAAUAUCCGCGAGUGUGUCUUGGAUAUGAAAGCUGCUAUGGAGAGAGGAACGAUACGUGAUCUUAAUGUGUUUGAUGCCCUCAGGUCUUGGUUUGAUUUAUGCAGUGAAACUAUCAGCGUUCUCACAUAUCAAGCAUUUAUUGAGGACCGUGAUUUUUGGGAAGAGGUUCCUUCUAUCAUUGAAGGCCUUCUGAGGCGGACAACGGAGUUUGUGGCAGAAGAAGGAGAAAGUCCAAUGUCAUCUGUUGAACAAUUUCUCUCUUGCUAUGUCGAGAUUGCAAUGCACGUCAUCUCUCUCGAUUCACAGCAGCUAUCUCAAUCCCCCGAUGAUAGGGCUGCUCAAUAUGACCCAAUAUCAAGGACUUACUGGAUGCCACUUGCCUCGAUGCUCCAACUUCGUAAAAUUCCCCUAUAUACUGCAAUGGAGCGUGAUUACGGUUCUGAGAUCAUCGACUUGGUCGGCCAUCUUAAUGACUGCGUUGCUGGUCAACAGGUCACUGGCGUACUUGUGCUCACUAAUUUCAUGAGGGCCGUUUCGCCUUUCCUUGCCAAGUCACCUAUUCUCACCUCCCUAUUUACUUCUGCUCUCAGCGUCGCCCACAACGUUCUAGACUCCUUCGUCGGGAGAAGAUACCAACCCGAUUAUGGCCGCCCUAACCCUAAGGAAGUGAUUACACGGGUUUAUGCAUUACUCCGGUUUUCUGAGCCUGUAUACCGAUCUCUGAUAGAAAAGUCCUCAUCCGGUCUCUCUAGUGACACCAGCGAGACAAUUAUCCGUACCAUGGGCAAUUCGUUCCGGAUCCUUUGUAGUUUUGAUGAAGGGUCAGCUACGGCUAUUGGCAGAGACCUGGAGCUCAAUGUCCCAGAUGGCGUUAACUCCCUUGAAUUCGCCCACAUUGUCAGCUUAGGUUGGAAGUUCACUAUACUUAAGAAGCAUAUCAUGAGUGGCCGCAUGGAACUGCGAGUCUAUGGCAUGGAGUCCAUCCAAGGUGACCUGGUAAAUUUCUGGUCUCAACAUAUCCAAAAUGUGCCUGGUGCGCUUAACCAUGCAACAACCAAAUACUUGGUCAAUUUUUUGCGCGAGCAUAAGAUUGUCGAUUAUGUCGUUGGCGUCGAAUCGCAUCCUCAACUGAUUAGCCGUGGCAGCAAUAUUGUCGGUUUCCUUGUCGUAACUUCGACAUAUACUAAUGAAGAUACAGAUAUUAUAUGGAAGACUGUCAGCGAGAGCCAUGACCCCAGAACUGUAUCCGAAGUCCUUGCCAUGCUUUCGUCUACCUUCAGUAUGCACCACGAGCCCGAGCCACUUAUUUACAUCUGCAACAAGCUCAUAGAGUUACCCCUACAACGCUUCGACGUUCGUAUGAUUGAAUUCUGUGACAUGCUGCUGAACGCUGUAAGGAAUAAACAUGCGGAAUCUUUACGUCACCAGGAGCUCGGCCACUACCCACACAUCGAUAUCAUGCCCGUCCGCCUAUGCGUCAGGCUGAUUCGAGGAGCACUGUCUUCUAAUGAACUCCCUCUUGAGCAGAGGUCUCAAAUCCAGAGAUUCGCUAGUAAACAACUUUCCCAGUUUGUUAGCCUUGGUAUACGCGAAGCAGAUAAGACCGAACUUUAUCAGCAAUGUAUCCAGGAUGUUUCUGAUAUGAACGAGUUUGCUCUCGGGAGUAUCCAUGCUCUUAAUGCCCUAAUUCCAACCUUUGAUACCCAGGAUAUUCGGCGUCUAGCUCUAGACCUCGACUUCACCCGCCUCAUCAUUACGGAACUCGCACAUGCAGCUACGGCACCGGCCGCUGAUGGAGAGGAUGAGCACCUAUGCAACGCCAUCGUACCACGACUGAACCUAGUCCAUCGCAUUAUCGACAAAGUGCCGGAGACAAUUUCUCCUGAGUUAAUCGAUAGUCUGUGGGAUAAAGUAUUUACAUCGAAAGUAAUAAGUGAGCAGAACCGAAAUUACAUGUGGGAAAUUUUGUCCAAAUCUGCCUCCCGAUGCCUCAAACGAAACGCAUUCCUGGAAACGUUUAUGAACGAUUAUCUUCCCCGCAUCCUACCAGAGGACAUCACAGAGUCUGUACUCUCAUUCGCAAAGCAAACAGUGAAUUACGAUGUUAAAUUCCAUCACCAACCCGUCACUUGUGAUGGAGAAGUAAUCACUAUUCCCGGAAUGGACAGGAUCUGGCACUUUAUUCUAUCAGCACCCAAUCCAACAAUCGGUAUCAAUGCUAUCAACUUUGCUAUAGAUACAUACUUGGACCAUUCCCUAAUCAAAGGAAGCAGCCCAUCAUCUGCUGAAGCAACGCAUGUAUCCCUCGUCGAUCGCUGCGUAGCCCAACUAGCAGCUGCAGCCACCAAACUAAAAACGUUCAUGGAUGGAACCACAAGUGGUGAAGACGAACCUAUGGUCAUAGUCCCAUCCGAUAAGGAAGUCCGCGCCGAAGAGUUACGCUUUGCCCGCUCCCUCCUUUUUCUCCGCCAACUUCGCCAAGGCCUCCGUACACGGCCCCAUUAUACUCCUCCCCAAGGUUCACCACCGUGUAUGCCGCUCAACCCAGAGUCAAUAAGGGGAGAAUCUAUAGACAUAUCUUAUCAGGCGUUCAGUACAGGCUCACAAUCUCGCAUUCGCACAUUUACCAUCGGAGACUUAUCAACUGCCUCUGAACUCGCGGAUAAAAUCGCUCAUGUCACUGGUUUCUCUAAAUUCACUACCAUCAGCGGUGGACAAAGACUAGAUCUACGUGGGGGGAACGCAAACCAGACGAUUCGAGAUCUGAAACUCGCAACUGCAGGCUUACUUAUUGUCAGGAAAGAUUCAGAUGCGUAUGAGGCUUCAUUUGGCGGGAGGCGUCAAAGUUUGACACUUGUUGAUUCAGAAGUGUUGAAACAUUUCAAUGACCUUUAUGACCUAUUGAGCUUGGACGAAAGGUUUUCAAAGGAGGUGGGCAACGAAUUCUAUUUCGACCCUACUUCUGGGAAUGAAAAUGGUAACUAA